CUCCUGUUGUGUUUUUCGCAGCCUCUUCCCCUCUUCCUCUUCCUGAAGAUGGAAAAGAUGCUGGUGGGCUGUUUCCUGCUGAUCCUUGGGCAGGUGGUCCUUCUUCCUGCUGAGGCCAGAAAGCGACUUCCUGCCAGGUCCACGCCCAGAGGGAGACCCACUCGGACCCACCCGCAGAUGGGCCUUCUGGAGAGCUCCUGUGAGAAUAAGCGUGCAGACUUGGUCUUCAUCAUUGACAGCUCCCGGAGUGUCAACACCCAGGAUUAUGCAAAGGUCAAGGAAUUCAUUGUGGACAUCUUGCAGUUUCUGGACAUUGGCCCAGAGGUCACCCGAGUGGGUCUGUUGCAGUAUGGCAGCACGGUCAAGAAUGAGUUCUCCCUCAAGACCUUCAAGAGGAAGUCUGAGGUGGAGCGUGCUGUCAAGAGGAUGAGGCAUCUAUCCACAGGCACCAUGACAGGGUUGGCCAUCCAGUACGCCCUGAAUAUUGCCUUCUCAGAAGCAGAGGGUGCCCGGCCACUGAGGGACAAUGUACCCCGGGUCAUCAUGAUCGUGACAGAUGGGAGGCCGCAAGACUCAGUGGCCGAGGUGGCUGCCAAGGCCCGGGACACAGGCAUCCUUAUCUUUGCUAUCGGCGUGGGCCAGGUGGACUUCAAUACGCUGAAGGCCAUUGGGAGUGAACCCCACGAGGAUCAUGUUUUCUUGGUGGCCAACUUCAGCCAGAUCGAGUCACUGACCUCUGUGUUUCAAAACAAGUUGUGCACGGUCCACAUGUGCAGUGUCCUAGAACACAACUGUGUCCACUUCUGCAUCAAUACCCCUGGUUCCUACAUCUGCAGAUGCAAGCAAGGGUACAUCCUCAACUCGGAUCAGAAGACUUGCAGAAUCCAGGAUCUGUGUGCAGUGGAGGACCACGGCUGUGAGCAGCUCUGUGUCAACGUUCUGAGCUCCUAUGUCUGCCAAUGCUACAAUGGAUACACCCUGGCCAAAGAUGGGAAAAGUUGUGAUGCUGUGGAUUACUGUGCCUCAGAAAACCAUGGCUGCCAACAUGAAUGUGUCAAUGGUGACGGCUCCUACUUCUGCAAGUGCCCGAAAGGAUUUGCUCUCAACCCUGAUAAAAAAACAUGCACAAAAAUAGACUACUGUGCUUCAUCUAAUCACGGAUGUCAGCAUGAGUGUGUUAACACAGAUGAUUCCUAUUCCUGCCGCUGCCUGAAAGGUUUUAUCCUGAGUCCAGAUAAGAAAACCUGCAGAAGGAUCAACUACUGUGCCCUCAACAAGCCAGGCUGUGAGCAUGAAUGUGUCAACACGGAGGAGGGUUUCUUUUGCCGAUGCCACCAGGGCUACACCCUGGACACCAAUGGCAGGACCUGCAGCCGGGUGGAUCACUGUGCAACGCAGGACCACGGGUGCGAGCAGCUAUGUCUGAACACUGGUGACUCCUACGUCUGUCAGUGCUCUGAAGGCUUCCUCAUCAAUGAAGAUCUCAAGACCUGUUUCCGAGUGGAUUACUGCUUGCUGAGUGAACAUGGUUGUGAAUAUUCCUGCAUCAACACAGACAGAUCCUUCGCCUGCCAGUGUCCUGAGGGACACACACUCCGCAGUGAUGGCAAGACCUGUGCUAAAAUGGACUCUUGUGCCUUGGGGGACCAUGGCUGUGAACAUUCAUGUGUCAGCAGUGAGGACUCUUAUGUGUGCCAGUGCUUUGAAGGUUAUCUACUCCGUGAAGAUGGGAAAACCUGCAAAAGGAAGGACAUCUGUCAAGCAGUAGACCAUGGCUGUGAGCAUAUUUGUGUGAGCAGUGACAAAUCGUAUAUCUGCAAGUGCUUGGAGGGCUUCUGGCUGGCUGAGGACGGGAAACACUGCAGAUGGAAGGAUGUCUGCAAAUCAACUCAGCACGGCUGCGAACACAUUUGUGUUAAUCAUGGCAAUUCCUACAGCUGCAAAUGCUCAGAGGGAUUUGUUCUAGCUGAGGACGGAAGACGGUGCAAGAGAUGCACUGAAGGCCCCAUUGACUUGGUCUUUGUGAUUGAUGGAUCCAAAAGCCUCGGAGAAGAGAAUUUUGAGACUGUGAAGCAGUUUGUUACCAGAAUCGUAGAUUCCUUGGCUAUCUCCCCCAAAGCUGCUCGUGUGGGGCUGCUGCAGUAUUCCACACAGGUGCGCACAGAGUUCAGCCUCAACAGCUUCAGCUCAGCCAAAGACAUGAAGAAGGCCGUGGCCCACAUGAAAUACAUGGGCAAGGGCUCCAUGACUGGCCUGGCUCUGAAACACAUGUUUGAAAGAAGUUUUGCCCAAAUGGAAGGGGCCAGGCCUCUCUCAUCCCGGGUGCCCAGAGUGGCUGUUGUGUUCACAGAUGGACGGGCUCAGGAUGACGUCUCUGAGUGGGCCAGCAAAGCCAAGACCAAUGGUAUCACUAUGUACGCUGUUGGCAUAGGAAAGGCCAUUGAGGAAGAACUACAAGAGAUUGCCUCUGAGCCCACGGAAAAGCAUCUCUUCUAUGCAGAAGACUUCAGCACCAUGGGCGAGAUAAGUGAAAAGCUAAAGAAAGGCAUAUGUGAAGCUCUGGAAGACUCUGAUGGAAGUCAAGACUCACCAGCCAGGGAAUUGCCAAAAAGGGUCCAGCAGCCAACAGAAUCUGAGCCAAUCACCAUAAAUAUCCAAGACCUACUUUCCUGUUCUAAUUUUGCAGUGCAACACAGAUAUCUAUUUGAAGAAGACAGUCUUUCAAGGACUACACAAAAACUCUCCCACUUGACAAAAUCUUCAGGAAUUCCUUUGGAAGAAAAACAUGAUCAAUGCAAAUGUGAAAACCUUAUAAUGUUCCAGAACCUUGCAAAUGAAGAAGUAAGAAAAUUAACUCAGCGCUUAGAAGAAAUGACACAGAGAAUGGAAGCCCUGGAAAAUCGCCUGAGGUACAGAUGAAGAUUAGAAAUACAUAUUUGUAAGACAUUGUAUCAGGAUUACUUGGAAAGUAGUUCAGAGCCCCAGAGAUCAAGCUAUUAAUUCUGCAGUGCUGUGAGAUAAUCUGUAACUAGUGCUGAGAAAGCUGGUUUCCUAUAGAAAAGGCAAAAAAAUAAACACUAACAUGUAUAAAUUGAGGUGGGGAAGCCCUCAGAAUCCUAAAGAGAGUGCACUAAUAAGCUUUACCAGGUAUUCUGUAACAUACUGUAGACAUGAUUUGCUUUGCCUCAUCCUGUUUAGAGUUGUGAUUCUAUCUAAUGACAAAGUAAGUUUGCACGGUCUUACUUCUAUAGAACACUGGCUAUAGAGAUAAGAUAGGAAAAGCUAUCUUUUUUUGUAUUAGAUCUUACCUUGAUAUAUGUAUAUGGAUGUAUGCUAAAGUCAUAGGACAUAUGUGCUUGUAUAACAAGUUGGAUUUUUUAAUAUGAUAUUAAAAUUCACUUCUGCUAA